AUGGUCAUCUCAGGAGCCUACAUACCUGGAUGUAUUUCUUCUACAAGUUCUUCAGGAUCUGAAAUUCUCCCCAUCAAAACUUACUUUAAUGGGAAUUCUGUUUCCUUGGGUGAGGGGUGUACAGCAAACAAGAAACUAGAAUGGAGAACUAGAAUGGACGAUACCAAAGUGUGGUCCCUGAAGUAUCAGCAACUUCUCCACAUACAGGGGCAUGAUUUUUCAUUGAGACCAGGAUUUGGAGAUGAAUAUUACACAUUAAAACUCACUGGUCUCCCAGUGCCAGUAGGUAUAGACGAUGAAAGUGUUGACAGCAUUUCAGAAGCUGACAUGGAUUUUACAAUGACUUUUUAUCUCAGGCAUUAUUGGAAAGACGAGAGGCUCUCCUUUCCUAGCACAACAAACAGAAGCAUGACCUUUGAUCAUAGGCUAAUCAAAAAGAUCUGCAUCCCAGAUAUCUUUUCUGUCCAUUCUAAAAGAUCCUUCAUCCAUGAUACAACUAGGGACAUCAUGCUGUGAGUUCAUCCUGAUGGCAAUGUCCUCUUCAGUCUCAGGAUAACAGUUUUGGCCAUGUGCUUUAUGGAUUUCAGCAGGUUUCCUCUUGACAUCCAAAACUGUUCUCUCAAACUGGAAAGCUAUGCUUACAAUGAGGAGGAUCUAAUGCUAUACUGGAAACAUGGGAACAAAUCCUUAAAUACUGAAGAACAUGUUUACCUUUCUUAAUUCUUCAUUGAGGAGUUCAGUGCAUCCAGUGGAUUAGCUUUCUAUAGCAGCACAGGUUGGUAUUAUAGGCUUUUUAUCAACUUUGUGCUAUGAAGGUAUAUCUUCUUUGUGCUGCAAACCUACUUCCCAGCGUUGAUGGUGAUGCUGUCAUGGGUUUCAUUCUGGAUUGACCGAAGAGCUGUUCCUGCUGGAGUGUCCCUGGGAAUCACCACAGUGCUGACCAUGUCCGCAAUCAUCACUGGCAGUGCCUCCAUGCCCCAGGUGUCCUAUGUCAAGGCAGUGGAUGUAUACUUGUGGGUCAGCUCCCUCUUUGUGUUUCUGUUGGUCAUUGUCUAUGCAGCUGUGAAUUACCUCACCACAGUGGAAGAGCAGGAGCAAUUCAAGAAGAAAGGAAAGAUCUCUGGAAUGUACAAUAUGGAUGCGGUGCAAACCGUGGCCUUCAGCUGUUACCAUGACGGCGAGACGGACAUGGACCAGAAUUCCUCUUGUGUCCACUCUGAAGAGGACUGUAUGAGAGGGAGAUCCACAGCAUCCAGCACAAAGUCAUCUCGGAUAAAGACAAGAAAAUCCCUGGAAGGAAUCAUCCUGAAAAACAACCAUGCCAUCGAUACCUAUUCUAGAAUUUUAUUUCCCAUUGUAUAUAUAAUCUUUAAUCUGUUUUACUGGGGUUUAUAUGUAUGA